CUUUUAAGUUCCUUUGCAGAGAACGAUGGCUGGUGAGGGGAAAAACGAUGUUCCCACGGAACUGUGUGAUGUGUUGGAAUCCGUUUCUUUUGUGAGUGUAGAGGGUAAACCUUCACCCUUGGAGUCAACAGUAUUGCCUAACACAGAGGAACAGCAGGUGUAUGAGCCUUUGAAAGUCUUCUUGAGAGUGAGGCCUUUUUCUGUAGCAGAGCUUGAAAGCCAUGAAUCCCAGGGUUGUGUAACUAUUGAAGAUGCCCAGACAGUAAUUCUUAAUGCACCCAAAGAGUCUUCUGCAAUGAAAAACAGUGAAAGAGGGAUUGGUCAUGCUGUGCACAGCUUCACCUUUUCUCAGGUCUUUGGACCUGAAACUACUCAGAGUGAAUUUUUUGAAGGCUCAAUGAAAGAUAUCAUAAGAGCAUUUAUUAAUGGAGUGAAUGGACUGGUGUUUACUUAUGGAGUUACAAAUGCAGGCAAGACAUUCACUAUCCAAGGGACUUCAAAAGAUCUUGGUAUUUUACCUCGCUCACUUGAUGUGAUUUUUAACCACAUAAGAGGAAGACAUUACCUGAAGAUGAACUUCAAACCAUAUUUGAGCAAUGAUGUUAAGAAACUAGAAGAUGAACAAGUUAAGCAAGAAGAAGCCUUAAAAACUGCAAUUCUUGCAUCACUGAAAGAGAUAUAUAUAAAUCUACAGUAUACAUACUUGGUGAAUUUUGGAAUAAUAAGACAAUUGGCUGUUUUUGGAGCUCAGGGUAAACUGGAAGAACCUUCUGCAGCCCACACAACACAGAGUACAGAGAGCAUCUCAAAUGCUACAACAAAUUUCUGUGAUGUGAAGUUGGAUUCUUCUCACUGUACUUCAGACAAUCACCCUUCUAACUCCCUAGAGAAGAAUUUUGUUCCUCUUGACUUUCAUAAGACUAAUGUGCAGCAAAGAACACAAGCAUCUGUGUGGAUUUCCUUUUGUGAAAUUUAUAAUGAAUAUGUGUACGACCUAUUAAGUAUUUUAUCUACAUCAAAACCUCAAAGGCGCAGAGUUUUAAGAAUUUGUGAGGAUCAAGGAGGAAAUUGUUACAUUAAAGAUUUGAAGUGGAUUAAUGUUCAGAGCACUGAAGAAGGCUGCAGACUACUAAAAAUAGGAAACAAGAACCGAAGCUUUGCCUGUACUAGAAUGAAUGAGCAAUCAAGUAGAAGUCACAGUAUAUUUUCCAUCAGGCUACUCAAGCUAACUGAUGAGCAUCAGCCACGUGUUCUUGGAGUAUCAGAGUUGUCCUUCUGUGACUUGGCUGGUUCAGAGAGGUGUAAUAAAACACAUGUCUUUGGAGACAGACUAAAAGAAGCAGGAAAUAUUAAUAAUUCUCUUCACAUCCUUGGAAAGUGCAUUGCGGCACUGAAGCAAAAUCAAAACCCAAAGAUGAAGCCAAGCUAUAUUCCAUUCAGAGAGAGUAAGUUGACUCGUCUGUUUCAGCCAUUUUUUUGUGGGAAAGGCAAAGCCUGUAUGAUUGUAAACAUCAAUCAGCAUACUUCCACCUAUGAUGAAACACUGCAUGUAAUGAAAUUUUCAGCUCUAGCCAGACAGGUUGUCCAGACAAUCCUGCCCAAAAAUUUUGGUUAUUUUCCACCAAAGCUAGCUGGGGGUGAUGGCAAACCUGUGAUGCACUUGGAUGCUAACACAUCUGUAGAUGACUUUGCUGACAGUGCUGAAACCUCUGCAGAAGAGGAAGUGGACAUCACCAUUCUGAGUCAUGAGGACCUCUUGAAAGCUGCAGAGGACUUAAAGGAGAAGGUGGCUGCAGAGAGGCGAAGUAAGCUCCUUCUGGAGGUGAAGAUCCGUAAAGAGAUGGCAGAAGCAAUGUUUCGACAGCUGCUGGAAACAGAGGAAGCCUGGAGCAACCGCUUGGAAGAUAUGAAAGACAGCUAUGAAGAAAAACUCGAGAGCAAAUUUGAAAUGUAUAAAGAGGCCAUUAAGAAACAUGCAUAUAUGUGUGCAAUGGAACAAAUUGAAGAGCAUUAUGUUCCCAUAGAGGAAUUUCUAGCUGAACAAGAGAAAGUUGAGGAUAGAGAAAGGAAAAUACUGCAAUUGGAAAGGCAACUUGAUGAACAGUCAGGGAGGCUGCUGGCUCUGGGAAGUCCGAGCUCAGAUAUUCCAACUUCUGACAAUAACAUGGAACGAGAGCUUACGGACAGCACGUUGAAGAGAGCCAAUGAAGGACUGCAGAAACAAUGUGAAGAGAAGGAAGAGCUUAUAAAAUCUCUGAAGUUUAAAAUACAGAAACUAAAUGAAUCCCUGCUAGAAGCUAAUGAAGGCUACAGAAAAAUGGCAGAAGAAAAUAGUCAACUGAAGCACACAAUCAUGCUCAAGGAUCAAGAAAUGAAUAGUCUUCAGAACUGGGCUAAACGUGUUCUUGAGCUUGAAGAAACAGUGUCUUCCCUGCAAAAAGAGCUUGAAGAACAGAAAAAGAAUUUCUUUGCAGAGGAGUCAAAACAGCAGAAGCCCAGGAGAGGUUUGCUGGCUAACCUGAAAUCCACAGUAGCAUCCACUGCUAGUACACCUCUUGGUAAAGGCUGGGGGAAGUAUGAAGAGGCUUUACCCUAUUCAAGAAAAUAAGUAAUGUUGCCUCAUAAAGCAAAAGAAUAAUAUUUGAUAAAUCAAAGUGUGCAAUUACUGGGCUUCUUUAUUAGUCUUAAACUGUUGGUAACUCUCUCACUCUUAGCUGCCCCUUCACUGUCAUGUUGACAGAGAAAAAUGCUUAAUAGAGAACUUUUUAAAUUGAAUUAGGGUUGAAUUUAGAGUUAUAAAAGUUUAAGUCUAGACAUGUGCUUUUACUGUUGAUAUAGGGUUGUGAUUUGAGAACUAUAUAUAUUUUAAUUCUGGAGUAACUGCUAUCAUGGUCUUCUGCACUGAUAAAUGUGUGGUUUGUGCAAAGUGGGAUGUCCCUCAUCUGCUGUUUAUCUUUUUAAGUUAUUUUAUAUCAUUGUUGGUUCCUAGAGAUCAGAUGGCUUGUAAACUUAAUCCAAAGUAGUUAAAAUAGCAUGGUUCUUCAGUUAAUAUUCUGGUUUUGACCUUGAGACUCCCUUCUUGGGACCAAACGAAGCAAACUGCUAAAGAAGGGGAUGAAAUGAAAUCUGAUCUGGCUCCUUGCUAUUUUUAAGCUAACUUGGCUUUAUAAAGAAAUUUGUUUAAAUAAAAUUUGAAUUUCCACUAGGAAUAUGUAUUAAAUUUUGAAACAUGUAUUU